AUGGCGGUGCCGGACGAGGCGGCGUCCGGCUCCGGCGACGGCAGGCCGGCUCCGGUGGCCAUGAAGAAGUCGGCGUGGACCAAGGAGGAGGACGCCGUGCUGCGGGAGCAGGUGCGGCUGCACGGCCCGCAGAACUGGGCGGCCAUCAGCGAGGCGCUGCCCGGUCGCAACCCCAAGUCGUGCCGCCUCCGGUGGUGCCAGCACCUGAGCCCCGCCGUCGACACCGUCAGGCCCUUCACCACGCAGGAGGACGAGACGAUCAUCGUGAACUACCGCAAGUACCCCAACAAGUGGGCCACCAUCGCGGGCUUCCUCCCGGGCCGCACCGACAACGCCAUCAAGAACCGCUGGCACUCUGUCCUUGGCAAGGUGUACCACCACCAGCAGCAGCAGCAGCGGGCGGCUGAACCCGGCCUCCACCGCCUCUCCGAUGGGACGUUGGUUCUGUUUCCUUUGGCGCCGGGGGAUCUCAAGGCGUUUGGCAGAGACAUGAUCGUCCCACUGCUCCGCCACUCGCCGCCCGGGGUUGAUCUGAGCGGCCAGUGCUUGAAGCUGUUUCCGCUGGUGGCAGGGGAUCUCGCCAGGGGCAACAGUGCCGGCGAAGCAGCGGCGAUGGAUGUGGAUUACAGCACCGACGAAUCGCUUGUCGAGCUGAGGCUCUGGCCGUCUACUACAAACCACGAGGGUGGCGGGCGAUGA